AUGUCGAGGGAAACGUCAAGAGAUGAUUUUUUCAGAACUAAUAAAUAUGGACAUGCCAUAAAAGAAAGUAAGAAGAUUCAUAAAGAGAGCUACGAAAGUGAUUUGAAUAAUGAGCUGAAAGAAAAAGAAAAUGAAAUAAAAAAUAGAAAAAGAAGAAAUGCUUCAUCAUCGUUUCAUAAUUCAUUUAAUAAAAAUAAUAUAAGUAUUCAUAAGGAUAAUGGUUAUAAUAAUAUUAGGAAGAUAAAGAAUAAAUAUGGUGAUGAUUAUUUCCCCUUUAGGUUUUAUAAAAAUAUAAAUAAUUAUAAAUGUUCAAACGUGAAUAAAUAUAAUUAUAAAGAUAAAUAUAAAUAUGAAAAAGGUUUUACAUGUAAGAAUACCAAAAUUUGUAACUUCAAAAAUAAUCGUAUUAAAACAUAUAAAAAUACUUAUGAUAAUAUAAUAAAUUUUAUAAAAGAAAAUAGAAAUGAUAUGAAAAAAGUUCGAUAUUUUUUAUUUUUAAGAGCAUAUGAAAAUUCUGAAUUAUUUCAAAUAAAGAAACAAAAUAAAAAAGAAAAACAUAAUUUAAGAAAACAUAAUAAAUGUAUAGAUAUUAAAGAUGCCAAAGAAAAACAACGAUUAAAAUUAUUAAAAUUAUUAAAAAGUUAUGAUAUAAAAUAUGAAGGAUAUACAGAUUUAUAUACAUUAUGUAAUUAUUCUAUAUAUUAUCAAGAUAAAAAAUUAUUAGAAGAAUUAUUAAAUAAACAAAAUUGUAAUAAUUUCUUUUAUUAUCUAGUUAGUAUAGGUAUAUCAUAUAAUGAUAUUAUACACAUGGCUAGUGUAUUUAAAAAUAUGGAAUAUUUACAAUAUAGUAAUCUAUACAUGCUCCCAUGGAUAUAUAAAAAAUUAAAUACAUUUUAUAAUUUUGAUGUUACUACUUUUAUAUUACAUUGUAUUAUAUAUUCUAUUUCUACAUUAAAUUCAUCUCUAUUUUUAUUUAUUAAAUAUAAAACAUUUGUUAUCAUAUUACCAUUAUUUAUAACUUAUGUUUUAUUAUCGACACCUUUAGUAUUACAAGAAAUAAAUUCCGGACGUUUUGUAUUAGAUGGAUGUAUUUCAUUUUUCUGGUCUAUAAAUAAUUACCAUCUACCUAUAGGAAUAAUAUUAAUAAUAUCAUAUAUUCUCUCUAUAAUCAAAUGUAUAGAUUUUAUCUCUCUACACAUUCUAUACCUUUCUAGUUAUCUUCUGGAGAACAACCCUUGGAUAUAUAAAAAUAUUGAUUCUAAAAUAUGUUCUAAAUUUAACGGCAGCAAAAAUAUAUGUGACUUUUCUAGAAAUAUAUGUUACUAUAAUGAUCAAACGAAUAUAUGUGAAAUAAAUAAGAUAAAGUUGGGAACCAAAAUUUAUGAUAUGCUCCUUAACAAAUAUAUCCCUCCAAAGAGUGAGAAAUUCCCAAUAAUUGUUAUUCUCGCUUCCUUCCUUUCUUUAAUUCUUUAUAAUGCUUUUUCAAAAUAUAAGACAUCUCACAAAUUUCUUAAAAUAUUUCUCUUCCUUUUAAUAUCCCUUUUUUUGAUCAACAUAAUAACAGUUUGGGAUUUCACCCUUUUCGAAUUCCUACUCUCUGAUUUUAACUUUAAUAAAAUUGUGGAUAUUAUUUUAAACUAUGAAGUCUGGAUAUUGUGUAUGCUACACUGUAUUGUUAACUUGUCCAUACAUUCAGGAUUAUAUUUCUACACCUCCAAAGGGUUAAG